UGUGACCUGCCCCGUCCCGCCCCCUCUUGAAACACGCCCCAUCGUAACCCCGCCCCUCUCCAUGUGACCCUCCCCCGUCUCCCAGGGCCCCGCCUCCUUGCCCUCACAGUCGCCCACCCCUGCCCUCCCCUCCCCUCCCCUCCCCUCGGUGUGGCUCAUGGAGCCGAGCGGGGACCCGAGCCCCGGGACUUCGCGUUGUGGCCUUGGAUCUGAGGAGCACGAGGGUUCAGAGCCUCGGGAGAGGAGGCGGGGGGUCCCCGCCGGGGAGGGGCGCUGGUUCUGCGGCUGCAGGGAGGCCCCGGUACCGGUUGUGCUGAGAGGCGGAGGGCCCCGGCUGAGCGCUGACACCUUCCCAGUGCUGUUCGACCCGGACGGGAGGCUGGUCAGAGAGUCUUACUUUCGUAAACUCAUCUUCAAGCAGGGUGGUGUGGAUCCCAGUAUUCGUAAGGAUGUUUGGAAGUUUCUGUUUGGGAUGUAUCCCUGCUCCUCCACAACCCGAGAGCGUAAAGUGCUGGCAUUGGAGCGCUAUGUUCGCUAUAAGAUGAUGAAAUGUCGGUGGCAGACCCUCAUGCCAGAUAGCAGGAGGAUGAGGGUGGAUGAAGCUGACACAGAGCUUUAUGAAGCAGCCGUUGCUUAUCAACAAAGGGGCAGUGGCUGCAAUCUUAAAGGACAGGAGGUGGAUCUUUCGGAGGAAAAUACUGAGCAGGUAUCCUUCAUAGAGCUGCAGGCAAAGUUUUAUGUGGAUCGUCAGAAAAUCAAUGUACAUGAACUGCAUGAAGCAAUUAGGAUCAUAGACAAAGAUGUGCCUAGAACUGAACGAGUCUUGGAUUACUAUCAAAAUGAUGGUGUGAUCAACCUAAUGGUGUUGAGAGAUAUACUAAUCACUUUUGCUGCAUUUCAUCCAGAUGUAAGCUAUGUUCAAGGCAUGAAUGACCUCGUUAGCCGCUUCUUAGAGGUACUGGACUCUGAAGUGGAUGCAUACUGGUGCUCUGCAUUCUACUUUGAGAAGAUUUCUUAUGACUUCAAAGAAGAAGGCUUGAUGAGGAAAAUCAGACUUGAGGAACAACUCCUAAAGGAACUGGACUUGCAACUUUACGCUCACCUCCUGAGGGAUGGGAUGAAUGGACUCACCUUCUGCCACAGGUGGCUGCUCCUGGGGUUUCAACGAGAGUUUGAGCACAGCGAUGCAAUCCGUCUGUUUGAGAUCCUUAGCAGUCACCACCUCGAGCUAAACUCACUGGAAGCAGAAAGUGCCCGUCAUUCAGAAAGAAUGACACAUUUCCAGAGGGCAGAAGGCAAGAUUAGGCCUGAGUUGCCAUCAACCAAUAACGAUUACACUUUUGAACUUUUCAUCUGUGCUGCAAUCUUGCUGGAGAAAAAGGAGCUGCUAUUAAAAUGCUCGGAUGAAGUCGAACUCGUCCAGUUUACUAACAGCUUACAGGGGACACUCAACUUGGACCGCGUUCUUGAAAGAGCAGAGCAAGCAUUCUUCAACUACUGUGAUAAAUCUGUGCUGGACUGUUUUAAGAAACUGUGUACAGAGGAGAAGAAAAAGAGCUUCUUUAAGUUUAAGCUGAUGGAUUUGUUCUCCUGAUUACAUCUAGGCCAAGUCCUUCCCUGCAGUUCAGGACUCAGCUCCUCAAAGCAAGGCAGUCUCCAAAAAUAAACAUGCCUCUGCAGAAACCUUUUCAUGUUUACAUUGUAUUUUUAAGCCCAGCUGGUUGAUUGGUCAGUCUCAUUACUGAGGUCCCAGCGACAAAAGUCUUGUAUUUACAGGCAUGUGAUUUUAUUUCCCCUUGGGGUUGGGCCUUUGCUGUGCUCAGUAAUUGUCCUUCAAUAAG